CUCGCGAGGCUGCGCGGGUCCCGCAGGAACUGUCCGGCAGCAGGAUGGCGGCGCAGCGCUGGGCGUGCUGGGUAUCCAGUCUUGCUAAUGUGUUGGCAUAAACUAAUUAAAAAGUCAUCUGAAUUGCAUCAUGGUUCUCAGCAAUGGUGACUGAUAGCAUUACAGUGGCACCAUGGGCAUCUAUUAGACCAAACAUCAGAAGUUUAUAUUUUCUUCACUUUGGAAAUGGUUUCCCAAUGUGGAUCAUGAUGAACAUACUUUAGGGACUUGCCAUAGUAUGGCUGCUUCUCGAUCUACUCGUGUUACAAGAUCAACAGUGGGUUUAAAUGGUUUGGAUGAAAACUUUUGUGGUCGCACCUUAAGAAACCGUAGUAUUGCUCAUCCAGAGGAAGUUUCUCCCCAUCCUCAAGUACGAUCAAGAUCACCAAAGAAGAGACCAGAUCCUGUGCAAACUCAGAAGGGAAAUAAUGGUGGAAGAACUACUGACUUGAAACAGCCGAGUGCUCGGGAAUUGUGGGUGAGUCCUAGGAAGAGAGGACUGUCUACUUCAGAGAAGGAUAAUGUUGAAAAACAAACUGUGGAAAAUUGCGAGAAAAGGCAGACAGAACCUGUAUCACCAGUUUUAAAAAAAAUAAAACGUUGCUUACGUUCAGAGGCACCAAACAGUUCAGAAGAAGACUUGUCUACUAAAACAGAUAAGGAAUCAUUGGAGCGUAAGAGCUCCGUAUCGGACAAUGAUGCAGUCUCUCAAGGGAGUAAACGAGCUUGUCGAUGUCUUCUAUUGGAUGAUUGUGACAAAAGGGAAGUUAAAAAGGUGAAUGUCUGUACAGAAGGGUUUAAUAAUUCUGCAAUAGUUGAAGAGAUUGUGGGCUAUCAGGCUGUUAAUGGAGUUGAUGAGAGAGACUCAGGUACUCUAAACUGUGAUGACUGUCAGUCUGAUGGGAGCACUAAACAGAACAAUGCUAGUUCCUGUACAUCCAAGGAAAAAACAGUAGCAGAAAAUGGGAACUCAUUUGCCCAUUGUUCAUUGUUGCUUAAUAGCAGCAAGGAGGACAGUGUUGUAGACCAUUAUGUGCCUUGCACAAAUUCUCAAGAACAGGUAAAGUUAGAGGACCAUAAAAUAAUAAAUGACUGCUUGCCUGAGGAACAUGCAAAUCAGGCAGAUGAACCAGUUACAGGGUCCUUUUCUGAAAUCCAGUCAUCUUUAUUAAGGGAUUCUGAGGAGGAAGUAGAUGUGGUGGGAGAUAGCAGUGCCUCAAAGGAACAAUGUGCUGAAAACACCAGUAGCAGCCUGAAUGCUGAACAUGAUAGUACAUCAAUCUCAGGUGAACCUGAACCACCAUCUUCAAUGCUGGACUGUGUUUCAGCUCAAAUGACAUCAGUGUCAGAACUUCAAGAACACAGAUACACAUUGAGAACUUCACCACGAAGGGCUGCUCCCCGUAGUAGCCCCACUAAAAAUAACUCUCCUUGUAGAGAAAAUGGGCAGGUGGAGGAAAAUAAUUUUAGUCCCACAGAAAAGAAUGUACCUGCAAGUAUUAAUAAUAUCAAUGGAUCUCCCACAAACUCUGAUGAAAUUAAACAGAAUGAAAAAGACAGAGGUGGUGACUCUGGAGGUUUUGGGAGUGAAGGACUAAGUAAGCCACCUUCUGAAGUUAGGCUCGUUCCUGGAUAUAUAUCAUCUGCCAAAGAGAGUGCCAACCUGCACACUGCAGAAGAUGAUGAGGAAGAGCCUGACGUGUAUUACUUUGAAUCAGAUCAUGUGGCAUUGAAACACAACAAAGAUUAUCAGAGACUGUUACAGACGAUUGCUGUACUCGAGGCUCAGCGCACUCAAGCAGUUCAAGACCUUGAAAAUUUAGGCAGACACCAGAGAGAAGCACUGAAGAAUCCCAUUGGAUUUGUGGAAAGACUCCAAAAGAAGGUUGAUAUGGGGCUUCCAUAUCCUCAAAGGGUUGUCCAGCUACCUGAGAUUGCCUGGGACCAAUACACCACCAGCCUUGGAAACUUUGAGAGAGAAUUCAAAAACCGAAAACGUAAUAGUAGGAGAGUGAAGCUGAUUUUUGAUAAAGUAGGUUUACCCGCAAGACCAAAAAGUCCUUUGGAUCCUAAGAAGGAUGGAGAGUCUGUUUCAUACUCUGUAUUGCCUUUAAGUGAUGGUCCAGAAGGUUCAACCAGCAGUCGCCCACAGCAGAUGAUAAGAGGGCGACUUUGCGAUGAGACCAAACCCGAAACUUUUAACCAGCUGUGGACUGUAGAAGAACAGAAAAAACUUGAACAGUUACUCUUGAAGUACCCACCAGAGGAAGUAGAAUCCCGACGAUGGCAGAAGAUAGCUGAUGAACUGGGAAAUCGAACAGCAAAACAGGUUGCCAGCAGGGUGCAAAAGUAUUUCAUAAAACUGACUAAAGCUGGCAUUCCGGUACCAGGCAGAACUCCAAACUUAUAUUUAUACUCCAAAAAGUCAUCAAGUAGGCGGCAACAUCCUUUAAAUAAGCAUCUUUUCAAACCUUCAACUUUCAUGACCUCCCAUGAACCUCCAGUUUAUAUGGAUGAGGAUGAUGACCGAUCAAGUUUUCACAGCCAUAUGGAUGCUGCAACAGAGGAGGAAAUAUCGGAUGAGGAGAGCAUCCCAAUAACAUAUAGAGAGUUACCGGAAUACAAAGAACUGCUAGAAUUAAAAAAAUUAAAAAAACAUAAACUCCAACAGAUGCACGCAGAAAGUGGAUUUGUGCAGCAUGUAGGCUUUAAGUGUGAUAAUUGCGGCAUUGAACCUAUUCAAGGUGUUCGAUGGCACUGCCAGGAUUGCCCUCAAGAAAUGUCUUUGGAUUUCUGUGAUUCUUGUUCAGACUGUCUACAUGAAACAGAAAUUCACAAAGAAGAUCACCAGUUAGAACCUAUUUACAGAGCUGAGACAUUUUUAGACAGAGACUACUGCAUGUCGCAAGGAACGAGUUACAAUUACCUAGACCCAAACUACUUUCCAGCAAAUAGAUGACAUGGGAAGCAGACUUACAAUGUGGGGCUUACUAUCUUUGAAAAAUAACAAUGGCGCCAUUGUUAAUUCCGUGCACAUUUUGGAAAGACUCUGCUUUCCCUGAAAUGUCACUCGCAGCAUGACAGCUUCCUGGGUGUACUUGUCAAACUACAGCUUUGAACUGUCAUGGUUCUAGAUCACUGAACAGCAGCUGAACAUUCCUAGUGUGCAGAAGGUUUCAUUGGGAGACUUUCGUUUCACCGCAUUAGUUAUUUUUAGGUGGUGAAUCUAAACAAAAAAUAAAUACAAAAAGGUGAGCCAGAAAUGAGAGCACACAUUAAAGCGAGAGUAAAUUCCAAAGGCUUUGAAGAACUUGGUUAUAAUGAGAUCCAGAGAAGAUGAAGUAUUUAUAUAAAAUCAGUUUAGUAGCUUGCAGUUUUGUUGUGAAAUAGUUUUCGGCACAGAAACUGACUAUGUUAGGCAAGGUUUUAACCAAUGACAGUGUUUGCUUGUAGGAUAUACUCUAAAAAAAAAACAAAA